UUCAAUCACCGACUCGUUUCUCUCUUCGUCUUCUUCUUGAAACCCUAAUCUCUGGUCAUGAACUUCUUCAAAUCCGUCUUCUCCGAUCCCGAUCCCGGCCAAGAUCCCACCGAAGAUGAACCCUCCGGCGAGGCCCCGGCCGGAGGCAGUGGCGGGUGGAGUUUCGAUGGGCUUAUCAAGACGAUAUCCACCAAAUCCGAGUCCGUGAUCCAGACGUACCGGCGAGAUCUCGAAGAGUUCGGGUCCGGCCUCAAGAAGGAGACGGCGGCCUUCCGGGAAGCUGCCGCUCGCGCCGUCAAGGACCUCCCUGGAUCCCUCGAGGCUGGUGCUUCCGUCGCGCAGGAGUCCCUUGAGUCCGUUGGCCAAGCCAUUGACGAUCUAGGAACCUCCGUGUUUCGGGGCACCGCCGAGAUCAUCUCUCACGGUAAGGAGGCUCUUCUCACUGUCGAUGGAGAUCCUUCCGAUUCCUCGUCGCAGGCAAACACUUCUUCGAAGAGGUACAGUAGAUUUGAGGCACAGGUGCUUGCAAUCCAAGCGGAUCCGGCGACUUUUACGGAGGAGCCGGAGGAUGGGGAUGAGUUCAAGAAAUGGAAGGAGGGCUUCAGGUUGGAGGAGAAGGGGGAUGAGAUUGAGGGUUUGCUGUAUGAGAGUAGUCAAUUGGAAGGGUUUGUAGAGAAGUUGGUUCCCAGUGUUGUGGAUUUCGAUACGUUUUGGAGUAGAUAUUUUUAUAGGGUUCAUAAGCUCAAGCUUGCAGAGGAUGCGAGGGCUAGUCUUGUGAAGAGAGUGAUCUCAAGGGAGGAAGAUGAGGAGUUUUUGAGCUGGGAGGUUGAUGAUGAUGAUGAGGAGGAGGAGGAGGAGAAGAAGGAGGAGGAGAAGGGAAUUCAAGUAAAAGAUGAAGAAAAGAAGGAAAUUGUUGAAAAAGAAUUGGAUCAUGGAGAAGAAAAGAAUGGAAUUGUUGAAAAAGAAUUGGAUCAUGGAGAAGAAAAGAAUGGAAUUGUUGAAAAAGAAUUGGAUCAUGAAGAAGAAAAGAAGGAAAUUGUGGAAAAAUUGGAGCCCUCAGAGGAGAACAAACCUUUGCAAGUGUCUAAAGAUGAGAAUUUGGAAGUUGUGGACAAUGCUUUAUCAGUAAUCAAUGAAGCAAAGCCUGGAGAUGAUCAAGUGCCCCCCAUGGCUCUUGAAACUACUCCGCACUUGUCGAAGCAAGCAUCUAAGCAAGAAGAAGUGGAUCUUGAAUGGGAUGAAAUUGAGGAUCUUGGAGAGCAUGAUGAUAAGAAGGUUAGUAGUUCUGGUGUUGAGAAUCCUAACAAGGUGGACCUGAGAAAGAGACUCAAUGUUGCUGAAGAUGACGAUGAUCUCAGUUGGGAUAUCGAAGAUGAUGAUGAUGAUGAUGAUGGACCGGUCAAGGCUUAACUCUAUAGUUAUCUCAAGAAUUUUGGUGCUAUUUGACGCAGAAUGUGUUCUUAGACCUGCAAUUCCUGCUGAUGGUGUUGUUAUGUCUUAAACCUAAGAAAAAUAUAUUACACUUGAUUAGAAUCAAGUUUUGCAACCUCUGCCUGUGGGAAGUCUCUUGCAGGUUUAAUGAGAAUUUGGUAAAAAAGAAAUUCAACUUCUGGUGACUUCUCAAGCUUGGAGGUGUCACGUAGAAAAUUAGCAUCAACCAUGUGUGUAUUGGAGGACUCAAAAAACUUGAACUUUAUUUCAGUUCAAUAAUACCCUAAGCAUUGAGAAUUUCUUCGUGAGCGUGAUUAGUAGAAAUGGAAACACACUUUAUAAACUUGUAUUUGUAUAGGUGAGUUAGCUGGAAUUUCCCAAUGAUUGAAGAUUGAAAUUCUAACUUCUUAGCCCUCUCAAGUCCAGUAGUUAUUUGUUAGACUUAUAUCAAGGCCGAUAUAAUGAAAAGAAAUGUAUAUCUAGCUUUAUAGAAACAUGCUUGUUGGAUUCCAUUGGCCCUAUGUUCACUGCCUCACUGACAACAUACUUAUUAUCUAUCAAGGCUAUAUUGUUGGAAGUUCUAUGCAUCAAAGCUUAGUAGUUAUCAUGAAUUUUAGGGCUAUGUUGAUAGCUGUGACACAAAUGUUCUGACUGUUAUCAUGAAUUAUAUUUGUAUGCGCUUCCCCUUUCGGAGAAAUCCAUUCAAUCUUCCUAGCUUCUCCCCCCUUAAGUGCAUUGCUAUUUGCUAACAAUCAGGUUGUUCUUGAUUU